GAGAUUUCAAAGCCACACGGUUUCUCGGCUGCACUUUGUUGAACCCACCUCCCAUUUUCUGACACUAUAAAAACACGUCAAACGUGACCAAAAUAGGGGGGGGAGAAAAUUAUAAACAAUUACCGUUUCCAAGUGAAAUAUUUAAGUGUCUGCCUUUGUAAAUGUUCCAGACGCUGUGAUCCUGAGCAUGAACAUAUACCCAAAGAGAUCUCUCCUUAUCCAUAAUCUUCAUCCACACUGUAUAUAUCUUUUCUGAGCCAUGCGGACUCAACUGUUCCACAGGAGGGUAUUUUAACCUCCCACACUUCAUUUCCUCGCUCAUUUCCCCUCGCUGCUGCAGAACAUGGGGGUCACAUACCCUGCUAAUGCCUCGCUGUGUUCAGUAAUAAUGGUGGGAUGGUGCUAUUGUCAGUGUGCCCAGCCUUAUUUCCACCUGUCCUUCCUCUGCCCCAAGAGCUCCAGAUCAAGUCAUUUAUUUGAAUUAAGUAUAAGGAGGCUAUACUUCAGAUGCAUCAUCUUGUUUUUAAGAGGCUCCAGACAACCGAGUACAUUAAUGACUAUAUAUCAGUGUGAUGCAGGGCUUAGCUACACUUCAAAAUAUAGUAGACAAACUUUACAAAUGUAACUAAACUAGACCCAUCAACAUCUUUUGACCCUGAAAUUAUGAUAAAACAUUGCUGAGUGUCGUCAUUUUGGACCCUGUAUUUUCUCUUUCUUAUUUCUUCAGCAAAAACAACCAAAAGCAUCUCCCUCCUUUGAGUUACGUUUAUCUUAAAAUCUGUUUAAAAGCAUGUCUGUAAAAAUUUUAUGCAGCAUAUUCAGGGUCAAUAUGAUGAAAACACACAUAUUUGGAGUUCAAUUGGACUUCAAUUUUGGCAAUCAACCCUAUUUCCAAUCACAAAAAUUAGUUUGGACAUAACAGAAAGCUAAAGUUGCGGCAAUAAAACAUCUACAAGUUUGUUAUCUGCUUUUGAGAGAGAGUUGUGGACAAAAGGAGUAGAGUAAAAUGAGUUAGUAAAGGGAGUAACUUGAUGAACGAGUGGUAUGCCCUUUAGGCCAAACAAAGAUGAAAAAGCCCUCGAGAGAGCCUUUGAAAUAGAGAGCGCUGCUUCAAUUCAGCUCCCAACAAUUAAUAUUGUUUAGUUGUUCUUUCUCGAUGCCAAACCGCCGCUGGGGGUUUCGUGCAAGAAUGGGGGGGAGGAAGAGCCAGAGCCUCACAACCUUUCACUUAUUAGAGAGUAAUGAUGAAACCGGAGAAGGGGUUAUAUACAGGCCUGAUUUACAUUAAAUCAAAUCUGAGUUAGUGUUCAUUCAACCCUUUCUCUGCUUGCAGGAAAUGUUUUUCAGAUGUGAAACAUGUUUUAACAAUACUUACCUGUUAACUGCAGUAUGAUGUCUUUUGAUAAACCAUACAUUUUUUGCAUGUUGAAGGUUCAUCUAAUUCGUAUUCACCAUGUUGUUAAAGUCACCGACAACCUCCUCCUCUCAGGCUCUAGUCAUCUCAAUGUUUUCAUCCUCCGCAACCCCCGCUGCUGCUUUUCUCACCAUCAUCAACAUUCUUUCUCAAAAACUUUACGACCUCCCUACUAUAUCCCCUUCCUACUUUAACAAAGUAGGAAGAUGGGUACAUAUAGCAUAUCAAUGAACAGAUAUCCAAAACAUCCGCCUCCGGCGUCCCCCAGGGUUCAAUGCCUGGUCCUCCACCGUUCAUUGCCCUACAAUGCUCCCCUUUGUUAACACCAUCCGUCUUCAUGGUCUCCACUUCCACUGCUGUGCCGAUGAUGUCCAAACUCCACAUCUCCACUAAAUACACAAUCACUGCAACUCACUCUACCCUGACCAACUGCGCUGCCAAAAUGUAACUGUGGAUGCAGGCCAACUCUCGCAUUUAACUGAUUUUCGAAAGCAGACUCUCUUUUUGACCACCAUGCGAAUCUCAUUAACCAAGAAAGCUUUUUUACACUUCAAACAUAUGGUUUUAUUCCACCCCUCCCAGAAAGUUUUUUUCAUCCCUUCCAGACUCGACUACUGCCACAGCAUUAUUAACUUCAGUACAUCCAUAAUUGUUUAUGAUCAAGACUCAAAACUCUCCUUUUUAUUGUACGUUGCUUUUAGUGUCCUGUACUACACUUUGCCUUUAGUGUGUUGUUAGUUCUAUCAUCUUUUUAACUUGAGGGUUGAGUGUCUUUAAGCACUCUCUAUAGUGCUCUAAAAUGUUUGUUUAUUUUACUCCCACUUUUUGACAUGGCUCUUGGUCUUUAUUUCCCAGCUGUAUAUCCAAAGACUGUCUGCCUCCCUUCUUCCUGCUUUCUCUCUCUCUCUCCAUCUUAAUCAUCUUUACUCCUCCUUCCUGCGCUGUCUUCCCGCUGAUAGCGAAUGCUAAAAACUGUGCCUGUGAAUUCUCUCCGCCAGAAGAAAGACAUCAUGAGUGAACGGUUCGACUGCAAGAACUGCAACGAGUCCCUGUGCGGACGCAAAUACAUCCAGGUGGAGGACAACCCUCACUGCAUCCCCUGCUACGACCGCUUGUACGCCAACACCUGCCAGGAAUGCAAAGAAAUCAUCGGCCACAAUGCCAAGGAGCUCUUCUAUGAGAACAGACAUUACCACGCGCACUGUUUCCGCUGUUUCCGCUGCGACCGCUCUCUGGCGGACGAGCCCUUCACCAGCCAGGAGGACGCGCUGGUGUGCAGCGACUGCUACUGCAGCGAGUAUUCCUCCAAGUGCGUGUCCUGCGACAAGACGGUCAUGCCAGGAUCAAAGAUGUUGGAGUACGGCGGCUCCACGUGGCACGAGGACUGUUUUGUGUGUCACGGCUGCGAGAAGCCGAUGGGUGCCGCAGCCUUCAUCCCGGACGACAACAACUACUACUGUGUGCCGUGCUACGAGGGCAGGGUUGCUCCUCAGUGCAGCCACUGCAAAAAGGCUCUGACUAAAGGAGGCGUGACCUACAAGGACGAGGUGUGGCACAAAGAGUGUUUUCUCUGCACGGGCUGCAAGGCUCCGCUGGCUGGCCAACCUUUUACCUCGCAGGGGGAGAGUCCGUACUGUGUCAAGUGUUUCAGCAGCCUGUAUGCCAAAAAGUGUGCCGGGUGCAAUACAGCCAUCACAGGGUUUGGAGAUGGGAAGUACGUGUCUUUUGAGGACCAGCAGUGGCACCAGCCGUGCUUUAAGUGUUCACGCUGCUCGGUGUCGCUGGUGGGCUCCGGCUUCUUCCCCGACCGCGACCAGAUUCUGUGUACAGACUGCAACAACGAUGACUGACCGCCACGAACCGCACCGGCAGCACCUAUCAAACACCAGCAGAAAAACAUUAUUCUAAACCUCGGCCUUCAACACGAACACUGCAAUAUUACUAAUUCACUCAGAGUGUAAAUCUGAUGCAACGCUCAGUAUUUACAACCCGAAGCUCUCAUCAGCCUUUAGCACAUUGAAAUGUUUGUAUAAAUUCUGCAGAAAUGUCCUGCGACGUAUGUGUACGACUUUGUUUUUCGGUAUUUUUAAGGUUUUGCACACCAAAGACUAAAGGAAAUAUACAACACAUAUACAGUAUCUAAACCUUUAAAUGAAACUGUUUAACACUUGUUUUCAUCACUGCUAGGCAGAACCAAAAUUUGAAUGUUAUGAUUAAACGCUGGGCAAACGUAUUUCUACUUUUUAAAAGAUAUUCCAACUUAUAUAAAACUGCCCUCCCUCUUCUCCCUGUAUGUAAAGAAUGUGUCGAGAAUGUUCUGUAUAUUUAGUUUUCUUUUCAGCUUAAAACAGUCUUUACUGGCGUACUUACAAUAAUAAUAAAUGUAAUAAAAUAAAGGGCAUUGUA